GGAACAAAGCCCUACAUUUCUGGCAAAUUUCCCCAUCUCCACCCUUUCAAUCCUGGCUCACCCGCCUCCCUCCUCCCUGCUUCGCUCCGCCUAACCCCGAUCCGUCCCGCCCCCCACCUCCCCCUUUUAGGACCGGAGGCAAAGGAUCAAAAGAAAAAAAAUAAUAAUGGUGAAAGAGUUGCUAUGUUCCGCAAAUCAGAAGGGACUGUUAAGAAGGAAGGAGGGGUUGAAAAGUUAACGGGGGUGGAGGAGGAGGGGGAAUUGGAGGGAGAGAGAAAUCUGGCUUUAUUUAAUUCGGAGGGAGUUGUGAGGGUGCAGUGUACUGCAAAGAAACCAGGAUGCACAGAAGGCACAAUUCAGAGAAAAGCAUGAAACCGUCCGUAGAAAGACUAACAGAAGCUGCUGCUAUGGGUCGGACUGAGGUAGUAAGGGAGCUCCUUGAAUCAGGCACUGAUCCCAAUAUCGUGAACCGCUUUGGCCGGAGCGCCAUUCAGGUCAUGAUGAUGGGCAGUGUGCGCGUGGCAGAGCUCCUGCUGCAGCACGGAGCAGAGCCCAACACUCCAGACCCAACAACCCUCACUCUACCAGUCCACGACGCUGCCCGGGAGGGCUUCCUGGACACUCUGAUGCUGCUUCACCGGGCAGGGGCACGGCUGGACCUCAAGGACGCCCUGGGUCGCCUCCCCUUGGACCUAGCUGAGGAACAGGGACACCACCUCGUGAUCACAUACCUGCGCGAGGUGGUGAAGGGAGGAACGAAAUCCACCCCCCAGGAUGUAGAAUAGGAUCCUCCAGCUGUGCACAGUGGGCGGAUAGAUUCUAUGCUCUUCUCAAAGUCGUGGAAAGAGGUCUGUAGUAGAGCCGACACCGUUUGUAAAGCCGAGAAGAAGGGAAGUAGGUGCAGCUUUUCUAAAUCAGCUUCCUUGGUUUUGUCCGCUUUCCCCCAAUGACCAGUGGAAAACUUCAUAGUGGGGGUGGGAGGAUCCAUAAAGACGGAUAGCCCACAGAGGAACCGCUAUCUAACUGAAGGACGAAGAGCUGCGGUUAGGGACGCCGUGCUCUGUUAGAAACCAGGGUUCUCUUAUUGUAAUGGAGGGAUUAGAGUGGGGAAUGGCGGAGAGAGGCAAGCUUCAGAGCAGUGGCGUGCCCUGUGGCACUUGUUUAUGAGUUACUCUGGUCGGUCAACCACCUACUCUGAGCUAAGCAUGAUGCUCAGGGCUGAGAUUGCCCCACCACCCCAUACCAAAUGCAAAAAGCUCUGCCCUUGGGGAGCUCACAAUCUAAUGAGGGAGACAACAUUCAAACAACUUUGAACAAAUAAGAUAUAUACAAGAUAAGCCCAAGUAGGAAGAGGAAUUCUUAGCACGAUACCGACACUGAUAUAUGCAGUAGUCCGUAGAUUUAACGAAGGUGAUGUUUUCAAAUCCCAUGAAAGGAAAAUGACUAGCUCCUGGCAGGCAGUAAGAAGAGCUUGUCUGAGUUAAAUGAAAGCUGGUUCUUUGUAGCACUUUUGGGAUUUUGGAUGAGAACUGGGAUGGCAUAAGGAAUGGC